CUUCUCAGCCUCCCUGCUGCUCUGUUGUGUUUGGCUUUGUGUGCAAUCCCUUUUUACAGUGCCUUAAGAAUCCUGUACUUUGCACACUCGAGUGUGCUUCACUUGUCCACAAGGAUGAGUUCUCUUGUUGUCUUUCAUUUGGCACUGUGGGGGCUCUGUGCUGGUAAGCAAGAGGGAUGCCUUUGGGAUUUUCUGGUUCACACUGAUCUUCCUCGUCUUGUGUUUGCAUUAGGUGUUGUGAAUGUACUCCUGACCACUCCUCUCUGGGUAGUGAACACACGGCUGAAGCUGCAAGGAGCAAAAUUUAGAAACGAAGACAUUGUGCCGACCAAUUAUAAAGGCAUCAUAGAUGCCUUCCAUCAGAUCAUACGGGAUGAAGGAGCCUUAGCUUUAUGGAACGGUACUUUCCCUUCCUUGCUGCUGGUCUUCAAUCCUGCCAUACAGUUCAUGUUUUAUGAAGGCUUUAAAAGAAAGCUCUUAAAAAAGCAGACACAGCUCACAUCUUUGGAUGCUUUUGUCAUGGGUGCAGUAGCCAAAGCAGUUGCCACCACCCUCACUUAUCCUUUGCAGACUGUACAGUCAAUCCUGCGGCUUGCCCUGUUGGAGCGUGCCCUAAAGGUGAGAGGCAUCUGCUAGGAGGCACAGCAGCUG